AUGAAGCUCCCGUGGUCGAAAAGUGCCGCUGAUACAAAACCCUCUACAGCAGACUCUUCGCCUGCGUCAGAGGUUGAUGCGAUCAACAAGGAGACAGGUCAAUCAAGUACAGAAAAGCCGACUGCAGAUGAGCCAAUAACAGAAGCACCAGCCGCGGAGACGGUAGAGACACCGAACAACAAGACAGAAACUUUGAAUCCAAACACCGAGACAACCACGUCCGAAGCUGAACGAACACCUUCCAAUGCUGCUUCAGAAGCCGAAGAUGAGUCGAAGUACGUCAAGGGUGUGCCUCUGGCAUUUUUAGUGCUCGGCCUGUGCCUGACCACGUUUGUCAUCGCACUCGACAACACAAUUAUUGCGACCGCCAUUCCUCGCAUCACUUCCGUCUUCAACUCGCUUGACGAUGUAGGCUGGUACGGCUCAAGCUAUUUGCUGACAACGACCUCGCUGCAGCCAUCAUUUGGUAAGGUCUAUGGCUAUUUUAACAUCAAAUGGACCUACAUGAUUGCACUUGCCAUCUUUGAACUUGGUUCCGUGAUCUGCGGAGCCGCGGUCAGCUCGCCUAUGCUCAUCGUUGGCCGUGCCGUGGCCGGCGUUGGCGCGGCAGGCCUGUUCUCUGGCGGCAUGACCAUCAUUGGGUACAGCGUGCCGCUCCGCAGACGGCCCAUUUUCAUCGGUCUCGUCUCUUCAAUGUUUGGCAUUGCCUCUGUUGUCGGCCCAAUACUAGGAGGAGCCUUUACUGACCGCGUAUCAUGGCGCUGGUGCUUCUACAUCAACCUCCCAAUCGGCGCCAUCUCCCUCAUCGUCGUCUUCUUCUUCUUCAGCAAUCCCGAACGCGAGAACUCCACUUUAAACCUCAAGCAGAAAAUCGGCCAGAUCGAUCUGAUCGGCGCCUUCUUCCUCAUCACCGCAAUCGUCUGCCUCCUCCUAGCCCUCCAAUGGGGCGGCGUCACCUACUCCUGGAAGAACUCCAAGGUCUGGGGCUGUCUCCUCGGCUUCUUCCUCCUCAUCUCCACCUUCACCGCAAUCCAACUCUACAAGGGCGAAACGGCAACCAUCCCACCGCGAAUCUUGCUCAAGCAGCGCACAGUCCUCGCCUGCGCAGUCUUCUCAGUCUUCCUCUCUAUGGCGCUGUACACGCACAUCUACUACCUCCCCUUCUACUUCCAAGCUGUCAAGGGCACCACGGCUGAAGGCUCCGGCAUACGCACGAUCCCCUAUCUCGUCAGCAACACCCUGUUCUCGAUCAUCGUCGGCGGCACGAUAACGGUCAUGGGCUUCUACGUCCCCUUCCUCUAUUUCGGCUCGGUUCUCUUCACGAUUGGUGCCGGGCUGAUCUACACCCUCAAAGUCCACUCCUCUGCGGGCCAAUGGAUCGGCUACCAGAUCCUCGCUGGAGGCGGGAGCGGGACGUGCGUGCAGAUCCCCUUCAUUGCGGUGCAGGUCGUGCUCUCGAAGAAGGACAUGCCUGUCGGCAACGGCAUAGCUAUCUUCUUCAAUAGCUUGGGUGGCGCCAUCAGCAUUAGUAUCGCGCAGAAUAUCUUCGCGAAUAGUUUGGUGAACGAGAUACCAAAGUAUGCGCCCGGAUUGGAUCCGCAGAUCUUGCUUAUGGCGGGCGCGACGAAUAUCAGGAAGGUGGUGCCGGAGGUGUUGCUGCCGGCUGUGCUGAUGGGAUACAACAAGGCGAUCACGAAUGCGUAUAUCCUCAGCAUCGCGUGUGGUGGGAUGGCGGCGUUGUGUAGUGUGCUUUUUGAGUGGAAGAGUGUCAAGGGGAAGAAUCUGAUGGCGGGUGGUGCUUGA